CUUGUUGCCGCCAUGUGGAUGAAGAACCCAGUUCUGCGCGUGGUGGUGCUUGGCUGCCAUGAUAGCGGAAGCCCUCUACGAUUGCUUCGUGGCCAUAGGAGCGUUCUGGAACUGAUCUUCGCAAGGCUCUUGGUGGCAUGGGAAGCUCAUGUUGACACGACGACGCAUGGUUUCUUGCGUCUUGGCCGGCGAGCAGGGACAUACGGUCACGGGCGACUGCCGCGGAAGGUUACGUUCCCACCACGUUGGGGACGUGGUGGAAAAGAGACGCCUUUGCGAAUCAUUAUGAUGCCAUUUGUCAUGGGCGAUGCCACGUCCUUACCGCCGUCCUGCCGGCGGUACCAAACCAUCAUCGAGACAUGCCUUCGUGCCAGUACAAGCGACGAGCGUGGGAAAGUGGGGUACAUUACGAUCCACGAAGGCAACGUGGAGGCUGGAACAUCCCAAUUGCGCACUGGUCUAUGCAUUGAAACAGGCGGCGGCAGCGGCACGUUGGCAGAAAGCGACGAGCGGUCCUUGGGCUGGUCGACGCACCAUCGCUUAUACGGUGGAAUCUUCGUGGCAUCGUCGGUCGCCAAUUCGUUCGCAGUGUGCGAUGCUGUGCUUCAAGACACAACAGAAUUCGCUCGGGCGUGCGGGGAUGCCGAGCAUUUGCGACCAGCUCUGGCGAAGCGCGGCGUCAUCCCACAACACGUCGACCGGAGCGAACUCAUUUGGAUGACCGAUCGGACUCCACACGAGUCGCUGCCACUUGCGGCGACGGCGUUUCACCAGUUCUUUAGUUUGACCACGAGCGGUGUAUUGUGCUGGGAUGCAGACCGCUGGACGCCGAACCCUCUGGGAAUCCAGUCUGCGUGCAAGCGUGUUCACAGCAGCGCCGCCACCUCAUCCCAGCGCCCCAUGAAGCGCUCCAGAACUGGCACAAGUUGAACGGACCGGUCUUGGUUCUAGUCACGCCAUUUUGCAGUGCACGUUUCGAGAUGUAUGGUUGGGCAUUCCAUCGGGGGCUGGCCCUUUGCGUCAUGGAAGCCACCUUGACAUGCAUGGUGCGAACACGGUCAAGUGCACGUUGGGCUGAAGUCGGAACUUGUUGUUCGUGCCUUGUCAAGUCGUCGUCAACGUGCAAGGCUUGCCGUUCCAGAACACAUGAGCAACGCGGAGCACGAGUCCUUUCAACUCAAGGCACGCUUGCGGCAGAAUUCCCUCGAUGACGAUGACCUCUUCAGCACCUUGCUGAGCUAUUGUACCAAAACGAGCACUUCAAUGCAGCAUUCGAGUCGUAAGCACGAGCGAGAACACACGCUGACAGGAUAAUAGCUAGUGCUGGGGAGCUGCGAUCCCGGGAGUCUGCUGCGCCACCAUUGUGGUCGCUGCGAUUUGCAAGGUUCUUGGCAGCUCGGGCAUCUCGACAAGACGGCGCGCGCCUUCUUGCGUCUCGGAAACUCGCGCUGAUUCAGGAUGUCUCCCAGCGGCCUGCUUUUCCCUGGAAAACAUCAAAUGGAGGCACACGACGCUCGUGAAAGCAAGUCCAUGGUUAAAACAAAAGAAUGAGGACUAUUUCAGCCGGUGCACACACAAAUGCAGGUGAACCUGUCUUGGGUCUGUGCGCAAAGUGCAUUUGAUGUACACAGCGCACAGAAGCACGAGGAUGCGAAAAAGACGCCUUCAAGUUGGUUGCUUAAACGGUGUGCAAAUCUCUGUUUUUACUCGUUCUUUUUGUGCUUCUUCUUUUUGCUCUUGCCGGCAUCUUCUUCGUCGUCGUCGUCGUCCUUGUCACUGCCACUCAAUUCUUCAUCUGAAAAGUCGUCUGACCCGGACGCAGCAUCGUCUCCGCCGCCAAAGUCUGAAUCAUCUUCCUCUUCUUCGUCAAUCUCGCCUUCUUCGGGGCCGAGUUCGUCGUCUAAGGCAGCGCGGUCUUUGGCAGCGCCGCCGCCAGAUCCGCCAGCUGCACUCGUCGCUUGCGUGUCUUUCAAGUUGCGGAUCUUGAGCUUCUUGGACGUGAGGAACUGCGACAAUUCAGGGAACUCCCGGCGAUCGAUCGCACUGAAGAUCGUCUCGUACGGCUGUUCUUGUCCGACGCCGCGGCAGCUCACGAGCAAGUCAAAGUUACGCGAUGCGCUCGAUCCAGACUGCCCCGCAUACCGCUGGAACUCGACGUAAUCGAUUUCUUCGUACCGGAUGAAUGUGGUCGGCUUGUGGAUGAACAUGAACGACUUUUCGAGCGGGAAGAGGACACCCGAGCUGGCUUUGACAGCGCACUUGACGGCGCGGUCCCCACUGUGCGUGACAAACUUGCCCGACGUGUACACCUUCUUGCCCAUGAUAAACUUGAACAAGGUCGCCACGAUCUGCGGCAGACUGCCCGACAUGCGCUCGUGGAUGUUGCCGUUGUACUUUUUGAUCUCUUCCGCGCUCAGGUUGACGUCGAUGUGGACUUCGUCACGCGCGAGCUGCAACACCAAGUGGGGGUACCCCUGCUUCCCCUGUCGAAUCGGCUCUUCCAGCGAAAUAACGAACGCCGUGUUGGUCGAGUUCGGGUAUUCAAGCAGGAAACACCGGUUGAUGUUCGAGUACAAGAUCUUGUAGUCGUACGUCUUCCCGUGCAUGCGCAAGAAGGACCCGUACAAUUCAACGGCAUACCGACCACGUGGAGUGAGGAACGUGCCCAUGCUCUCAUCCAGUUCAACGAUGCUCUUGCCCGUGACGUGACUGAUGUUAGCUCGCUCGAGGAUCUCAUCUUUCAGGCUUUCUGCAGUCACACCAUCGUCGGCGUCGCCUGGAAUAUAUAGUCGCAUUUCGACAAGCGAUUCUUCGUCACCCGCGACGGUGUCGUCUUCGUGGAACUGAAGUUCAACUUCGUUUUUCGCGGGCAUGGCGCACUGUGCGAUCAAGUCGAGUGGGAGGUCCAUCCCCACCCCUUGAUCUUGCACGACGAAGUUCAAAUUGGACCCUUGAAACUGCAUAUGCCCCCAGUUCCCGCCUGAGCUCGCCAGACGCUCUUCUUCCAUUUCGCGUCCGAGUGCAUCUCGCGAGAAUGUGCGGAUAAGGUCCACAUCGCUUUGCUUCAGGCCCGUGAACCGCACGGUCUUGCCACCUCGCGUUGUAACCUUUAAGUGGUAUUCUUUUGGGCCGAUGGCGGACCAGAGCAUGCUCACCAGGUCUUCCUUCGCAACCUUUUUCUGUGCUUCCGUCUGCCGCGACCGCCACAACAAACCCGAGUCAUUCAGCACGAGGACGCCGUUGCUGUGGCCCCAGAAUGCGCUGCUGAUCACUUGUUCCAUCUCCGCCAUAAUCUGUUCUGGCGCCA